GUUCCACUUGCUCGAUGACGUCCUUGGCAGUGGCGCGCUCGCUCUGGCGGAGGUCCUUUGCAACCAAUAUCUACGUGGAAGGAAUACAUUGGCGAACAGAUGCCCAUCGCCUUCGACAAGCCUUUGAACCGUUCGGCCCUGUGCUCCGAGUGUCAUUUGCGCCGACGCAGGAAGAAAACAUCUACUUGACAGGGUGCGUCAGCUUCAAAAAAGCCGACGACGCCUUUCAAGCGAUUCUCGCUAUGAACGGCCAAGAACUUGACGGGCGCCUCUUGAAAGUAGACUAUUAUGAUGGCUCGUUGGACGAUUAACUCGACUCGAUUUGUUUGGUCGCCGGCAGUUUGGGAACAGAGAGUUAGGAAGGCGUGUCCACGAUCAAAAGACUCAUUCGUCUUGUCUCGGACGGCGGCAUACAGUCUUUC